CUGCUGAUCCCCACUUCACCACAACUAACGGACCUCCUGCUCCCGAGAAAGUGGUCAAAUCUAAAUUCUGACUUUUCACAAUACUUGUUUAUGUCUGUUUGGACGUCUUUUACGCAACAACGGUUUGUUUGGGAGGUCCGUCGUAGUUCCCGAUUCAACAAGUGGGUGGAAUAUUAACUUUCAGUCGAUUGUAAGUCCAUACACGUUGGUGGUUUUGCCGUGUUGCAGCCCACAGAGUAAAGCAGAGUGGGACGGGCUUGGAUGUGAGACAGGAGCUCCCGAUGCGCCAGUAAAGAUCCACUUACCAGCAAAAAAGAAAAAAGAAAAAAGCAACAUGACGAAGAAACUAUGUGGGACCAAUUAUCCAACCAGCAUCUGCUUCAUAGUGGUGAACGAGUUCUGCGAACGCUUCUCCUACUAUGGCAUGAAAGCGGUGCUGACACUUUACUUCCUCACUUACCUUCACUGGGACAAGGAUCUCUCCACGGCUAUCUACCACGCCUUCAGCAGCCUCUGCUACUUCACGCCCAUACUGGGAGCAGUCAUCGCUGACUCCUGGCUCGGAAAAUUCAAGACCAUCAUCUACUUGUCCAUUGUGUAUGUGAUCGGCCAUGUGGUCAAGUCGGUCGGAGCCAUUCCCACUGUGGGAAACACGGAUGUGCACAUCUCUCUGUCCAUGGUCGGUUUGAUACUCAUAGCCUUUGGUACAGGAGGAAUCAAACCCUGCGUGGCAGCUUUUGGAGGAGAUCAGUUUGACGAGGAGAAUGGCGCCGAAAGGCAGAAAUUCUUCUCUAUCUUCUACAUGUCCAUAAAUGCUGGGAGCCUCUUGUCGACUAUAAUCACACCCAUACUGAGAGGUGAUGUCAAGUGUUUCGGUAAUGACUGCUACGCUCUGGCCUUCGGGGUUCCUGCUAUUCUGAUGAUCGUGGCUACAGUUGUGUUCAUUGCCGGCAGCGGCCUGUACAAGAAGACUCCUCCCAAAGGAAACGUACUCUUGGAAGUCUGCAAUUGCAUUGGGUUUGCCAUCAAAAACGCAAGAAGAUCCAAGCAUGAUCCACCGAAGAAGCACUGGUUGGACUGGGCGGAGGAGAAGUACUCGAAGCGUCUAAUCCAGGAGAUUAAGAUGGUGCUGCGGGUUUUGGUGCUCUAUAUUCCACUUCCGAUGUUCUGGGCUCUGUUUGAUCAGCAGGGUUCCCGCUGGACUCUUCAGGCCACGAGGAUGAACAUGGCUUUUGGAGAUUCUUUCACUAUUAAGCCUGACCAAAUGCAGAUGUUGAACGCUCUGAUGAUUCUUCUCUUUGUGCCCAUCUUUGACCUCGUCAUAUAUCCACUCGUUGGCCUUUGCAGAAUCAACAUCACGCCUCUGAGAAAAAUGGCCAUGGGAAUGAUUUUUGCUGCACUGGCCUUCGGAGCAGCUACAGUGGUGGAAGUGAACGUUGUGGAAACAGUGGUGAAUCCUGCUCCUGCAGGAAAGUGUCUCCUGCAGGUGUAUAUGGCCAGAGGUGAUGUCAAUGUGACCGUUGGUUCAAACAACCCGUUUCCAGCUCCCAUCGGACCCCUUCAGGACCCUCCUCAAUAUGAGACUGUUACACUUGGAGAAACCAGCAAGAACCUCACACUCCAGGUCACCUUCAAUGGAGAAACGUCAGAGUGUUUGCAGACGUUUGAAGAGAAGAAGGCCUACAGUCUGAUUGUAGACUCUGUAAAUACUGGCAUCCAGUGCAAACUUGUGGAAGAUAACAUACAGAAAUCUGAUGACGGGAAUCCCUUCCUCAGGUUCCUAAAUAAAGGACCAGAUGCAAUCACCAUACAUGUGGGCGAUGUGGAGUUCUUAGUGGCAUCUGGAGUAAUGUCUCUGAACAAGAGCGUCAGUCGGGGAGAAUACCCACAUGUAACCUGCACCCUACCGUUAGGAGACUGCCCUCAUCUCAACCUGGGCCUGCUGGACUUUGGAGCUUCAUACACUGUUAUACUCAUGGAGGAAUCAGGUAAACUUGUUCCUCACAGGAUGGUGGAUGUUGAAGCCAACAACGUGCACAUAGGGUGGCAGAUCCCUCAGUACAUCCUCAUAACUGUAGGAGAGGUGAUGUUCUCCAUCACAGGCCUGGAGUUCUCCUACUCACAGGCUCCAGCCAACAUGAAGUCAGUCCUGCAGGCCGGCUGGCUGCUCACGGUCGCAUUUGGGAACGUGAUAGUGCUGAUCGUGGCCGAGGGGGCAGGACUGGAACAGUGGAUAGAGUUCCUCUUGUUUGCCGGCAUGCUGUUGGGCGUCUGCAUCAUCUUCUCUAUCAUGGCUUCCUUCUACACCUACGUUGACCCCAGCGAGCUCGACAAGGUCUGCCUCGAGGAUUCAGGGAAGGAGGAUGACCACGAUGACCUGAAGAAAAUGACUGAUGACAUCCAGAUGAACAAAAAAGUGAAGAGCACCCGAUUGUAACGUUGCUUAAUUACAAAGAACAGCCAGCUUCUCUGCUGUGGCUAAAAUUGAAUUUAGCUUCAAAAGUGAAAGUAUUGUUUGAGACACUUUAUUUAAUUUGAGAUACUUUCUGUGAUUAUGAAGCACUAAGACGUGAUCAUCGGACAUCUCUUCACCGCAAAAACUCAAAUCUGAGCGAGUGUAUUUGUCUAAUUUCUAGUCAGAAAUAUAUUAAACUUAUUUCAAGCCACAUUAAACUAACAAGUCCAGAUAAAAUAUAGAAAGCCAUAAAAUUAGGCAUGAAUUUCUUAUAAUCAGGGGCGUGCCAGAUGGGUGGCAUGGGCCCUCCCUAGAAAUCUGAUUGGCCACCCCAAUUUUUUUAAUUAACCUUUAUUUAACCAGGUAAUUAACCCAUUGAUAUCAAGAUCUCUUUCACAAGGGUGAACUGGCCAAGAGGGCAGCAGCACAUGUCAAGUUAAGAGCAGACAACAAUUAAAAUGUGCAAAACGUUUCGCAGAUUAAGUGCAAAGUUGUGAUCACAGAUUACAAUCCAUAAACACAGCCACUCUCCAAUGGUCUCGCUUUUUUUUUUUUUCCGUUUUUUAAAAUAAACUGUGAUUGGCUAUUUUCCCCGUCAGAAGCAGGACAGCAGUACAAGUUAUUUUUUAUUUUUUUGAAAGGCUGCCAGUAUUUUUCUUAACAUGUCGAUGUCUUAAGACAGGUGCGAAGGAAAGUAAGGAACUCUGUCUUACUUGCAAUGAACUAACUGGCAAUGUGUUGUGUUGGGCCCAAAAAUAUUGCAAGUUAGACUGUGCAGGACUGUAGGGACUUGGGUUGGGAACUGGAGGGUCACUGGUUCAAGAUUUUGGGGACCAAAUCUGGAAAUUGGUCCGGUAGCUGGUGCCAUUUCACUUCCUGACUACUGCCGAGGUGCUCUUGAGCGAGGCACGAACCCUCCCCCCCAACAUCAGCUCAGGAGCGCUCGCUGUGGGCAGCCCCCUCACUCUUAAUAUUUAGCUUAAAUUAAGUGUGAUUAGAUAUUUUUGACUAGAUUAGACAAAUACACUCGCUUAGAUGUGACUUUUGGCCCCGGUGUGGUUGUGGAAGUCCAACCUUUGUUAACACUCCAGUCAAUACAGAAUGUUUUAAACAGAGAACGAGAAAAGUGUUGUCUGAUUGAGGCUGAAUAUAUGAAGUAAUGUAUAAAAGCUGUUUAAUAUUGUGUACUUUGCCACUCCUAGAUCGAGUGUUACUGCAAAUGAAUUUUAAAUAUUAUAUGUUGUACAUAUUUGUUGGUUUGAUUUGUUGGCUCGUCAAAAUGUUUUACUUUCUCUCAAGCUAAAUUAAUCAAAACCCAAACUGCCUUUGAUAGAGGAUGUCAGAGAAAUUGUUCAGUUUACAAAUUGGGGUUUUAACUUUGAUAUUAAAGGACCAUAGUUAAAGUAA